AUGCUCAUCAAUCGCGACUAUUGGCGGACGGUCCCUGGACCUAAGCUCUUGCACCUGAUUACAGCGGUUUCGGCCAUUGCCAUAUCGUAUGAAGGCAUGAGCCAGGGUGUAAUGGGCGCUGUUCAAAAUGCACCCGAAUUCGGACGACGCAUGGGCUUUGCCGACGAGGAUGGCAAUAUCACCAAACCCUCACUUCAAGGCGGUAUAGUAGCAAUGUACUACUUUGGAUCUCUUCUCGGGGCCUUCUGGGCCGGCGUCAUCCUGCAAACGUCCACCACCAAUCUUGCCCAUAUGCUCGUUGCCCGUAUUGUUGCUGGAGUUGGAGUCGCCUUUAUCAUUGUUAUUGCACCAGCCUGGACCGCAGAGCUGGCUCCUGCGGCACACAGAGGCAAGAUGAUCGCACUGACCUUUUUGGCAAACUUCUCCGGCAUUGCCCUAUCGUCUUGGAUUGGGUUCGCCACUUCUUUCACCGAGUUGGGAGGCGGUGCUUUCCGAUGGCGGUUCUGCUUUGCAUGCCAGGCACUCCCACUAUUCUUCCUGGUCUACUUUACCUUCCUUAUUCCUGAGUCUCCUCGAUGGCUUGUCAAGGCCGGCCGCACAGACGAAGCUUUCGAAAUCAUCACGCGCCUUCGUGGAGACGGUGAUGCGGAACACCCUGACGUUCAACGGGAAAUCAAAGAGAUUGUGACGGUUGUUCAUAUGGAAGAAGAGUCUCAAUCAACCAACUAUAUAAAGAUGCUAUUCGGUAUCGGAUCAGGCGACAUUCAUCUAGGCCGCCGUAUUCAGCUUGCGUUCUGGCUCCAGGUCUUGAUGCAGUACGGAACCGGCAUCGCAGCAGUCGUCAUUUACUCCGGCACAAUCUACAAGACUGCCGGCUUCGGUGGUGUGAAGAUUGGUUGGCUCAGCGCUUUGUGCAUGAUGGUGGGAAUUCUCGGCACCGGAAUUGCAGCUCUCACUCUUGAUCGUGUGGGCCGCCGACGGACUCUUUACUGGGGCGCUGUCGUCCUCAGUAUCAUUCUGUUCAUUAUCGGUGCGCUUUAUCGCGGCGCAAUCGAUCACCCUGAUCAAGCACAACAGUACGGCACGGCAGCGGCGUCCAUGGUCUUCGUUUACGUUCUCGUCUUUUCGAGCUCUUGGUUGAUGAUACCUUUCAUCUAUCCAACGGAGAUCUUCCCCACAUGGCUCCGUGCAAAGGGUAACGCCUUUGGUGUUGCAGGCUGGGCCAUCGGCUUCGGUGGUGGCAGUCUUCUGGUUCCGGUCAUGUUCGACGGUAUUGGCGAAAAGACAUUCUACGUCUUCGGCGCCGCCAUGCUCUGCUAUAUCCCCAUCAUUUACUGUUUCUUUCCAGAGACAGCCGGUCGCACCCUGGAGCAAAUCGACUUCCUGUUCGCGUCAAAGAGUAUCUUCACUUGGAAUGAAGAGAAGGAAUUCGCCAAGCGAAUGGCCCAGUUUGAGACCCAAAUCAGUAAGAUGGAGUACGACGGGACUGCAGGACAAGGGGGCAAGAUGCAUUUGAGAGAAAUUGAAGGUAACCACGGGAUGGGCGUGACCGGUGGUGAGAAGGGUGCUAGUACUUUGGUCGAAGGUCAACAUGCGGUGUAG